UGGGUUCCUUUUCGCUUGGAUUGCGAAAAAUCUCUGAUGAAACCAUUAUUUAAACUCAAAAAAAUAAAAAAUAAUUCAGCGAAGAAAGGCGUGCAACGGUCGAUGGAAUCUUCUAAUCAUUCUGUUCCUUUGUAUUUGUUAUAUUUUUCCCUCAACAGAAGAAUAGAUAUAUAAAUAGUAAAAGGGAAAAGCCCAUCAAAUAAAGUUUCUCUCCGUCACUAUUUCUCUUUUCAUUUCUUUCUUCAUUUUCUGGGUUUGAAUUUUAUGGAUUAGUGCAAUAGAGAGAAAAACUAAAGGCAACAAAAAAGCAAGAGGGAAGAGAAAGAAGGAAAGAAGACGAAGAAUCUGAGCUGCCCAAUGCCUUUUCGUUGGUGUCCUUUUUGAGCUUCGAGACCAUGGCUGAUGAUCUAUUUUUCUUGACCAAGGAUGUUUUUCUGAUAAAAGCGCCCAAGAAAUCUCCAUUGGUGUUGAGGAUGACUGUAUUGGUAUUUGCAAUGGUCUGUGGUGUAUAUAUAUGCUCCAUUUGUCUGAAGCAAGUUAGCACCCGGAACAAGGUUGGAUAUUUAAAUCUCCAGGUGAUUGAAAAGCCUUGUCAAGAUUCUAAUAUUGAACCCUCGGAAACUCCUUUUGUGCACUACCCGAAACCUGAAAAUUAUAGCAGGGCUGAAUGCACAUGCAAUCCUGUAAGGUAUUUCGCCAUUUUAUCAAUGCAGAGGUCUGGGAGUGGGUGGUUUGAAACAUUGUUAAAUAACCAUACUAACAUUAGCUCAAAUGGGGAGAUAUUCUCCGUUAAAGUUAGGAGAAGUAACAUAUCAACCAUUGUGGAGACUUUGGAUAGAGUUUACAAUCUUGACUGGUUUAGUAGUGCCUCGAAGAAUGAGUGUACAGCUGCAGUGGGAUUAAAGUGGAUGCUUAAUCAGGGUUUGUUGCAGCAUCAUGAGGAAAUAGUGAAAUAUUUUGAAAGUCGAGGUGUUGCUGCUAUCUUUCUCUUUCGGAGAAAUCUUUUGCGCAGGAUGAUCUCAGUUCUCGCAAAUUCUUAUGAUAGAGAAGUCAAGUUACUGAAUGGAACACACAAGUCCCAUGUACAUUCUCCCCUUGAGGCAGACAUUCUGGCAAAGUACAAGCCAACAAUCAAUGCGACAUUGCUGAUACCCAACCUAAGACAAGUAGAAGAGACAACAACCAAAGCUUUGGAGUACUUCCAGAGUACCAGGCAUAUCGUCCUUUAUUAUGAGGAUAUAGUAAAGAACCGUACUAAACUUACAGAUGUUCAAGAUUUUUUAAAGGUUCCGCAAAUGGAGUUAAAGAGCCGUCAGGUGAAGAUUCACAAAGGUUCUUUGUCUAAUCUGGUUGAGAAUUGGGAUGACAUCCAAAAGACUCUCACGGGAACACCAUAUGAGAGCUUCCUCCAUGCAGAUUAUCGAAGAAGAUAAAACCAAGCAUUGGUCGUGAUUGUACAGUACAUACCAGGUUCUCUUCUUUUAACAUCGCUUUUUACAUAGGCUGCAGGGCCUAACAGAAUUUUUCCCUGCUGAAAUUUUGGCUGCAGCGUUGAAAGAAAAAAAAAAGGAAAAGAAAAAAAUUUAAAAAAAAAAAGAAGUAGAAGACAGUUCCUUUCUUACUGCAGUGCUUUUUUUUCCUUGUGUGUUUUUGUUUUUUGUUUUCACAAUAACAUUUAAUAUUCAAUUAAUUCUUUUUUUAUUAUUA